AGCUCCAUCUUUGGCUCAGUCGGAACGGCAACUUUGGAGUAGCCGCGCUACUCAGCCCAACAUGGCCGGGGGGUACAGUGGUGGUGCGAUGGCCAUUGAAGGCGCUGAGGAGGUGACCAGCAUUGGCACUGGGACGAAGCGCAUCAGGUCGAAAUACACUGUGAACCCUGGCUACGCUCCAGUUGCAGACUGCUUCUGCGUUCGAUUCUCUCCGGACGACCAGUACUUGGCCACAUCCUUUGCAAAUGGUGCCAUCCACGUGUACAGUGCAGACACAGGACGCCAGGAGUUCCUCUUGAACGGCUCCCCGCCGAGCCUGGAACUCUCGGCCACACCGCUGCCCACCACCCAGCUGCGUUGGCGUCCACAUGGUGCCGCCUCGAAGACACAGAGCGUUUUGGUCUCCGUGAAUGCCGAGUUUGAUGGUCAAAUCAUGCAGUGGCACAUUAAGUCCGGAAAGUGCUUGCACAGCAUCACCGAGAAAGGAAAUCAGAUCUUCUGCUUGGAUUACUUCAGCGACGGCAGCCAGUUCGCCACUGCCGGGAAGGACCGGCUGCUGCGGGUCUACGACGAGGCAACGAAGCGGCAGUUGAUGACGCUGCAGGGUGGCGACAUGAAGGAGACAGCAGGACACUCAAACCGGAUCUUCUCUUUGAAGUAUCACCCAGAAGAUCCCAACAUCAUUCUCUCUGGUGGCUGGGACAACACGGUCCAAGUCUGGGACACCAGAAAAGGUAUCUCUGUGAAGAGCCUCUGGAACGCCUACAUUUGUGGCGACGCGGUGGAUAUCUCCAGCGAUGGACGGCAGAUCCUCACAGGCUCGUGGAGAACUGAGAACUCUCUCCAGAUCUGGGACUUUGCCUCCGGCAAGGUGGCGCAGACGAUUGACUGGGCAAGCGCUUCCUCCAAGAGCCCCUGCCAGCUCUUCGCGGCUCAGUUCAGCAAGGAUGCCGGGAGCAGCAUGAUCCUGGCGGGUGGUUCUCAGGAGAAUGAGGCCAAGUUCUUCUUGCGGCAGCCAGGGGCCAUGCCAGUGCCCUUUGGGGCUUUAGUGUCGAUGCCGAAGCCUGUCUUCACUGUGGACUGGUCGAUUAGUUCUAAGAUGGCCGCUGUGGGAAGUUCAGACGGACAGGUUCGAGUGCUCGAAGUGCUGUAGAGGGGGGCCUGGAAAGGCUGCAAGCUGUGAAUUGAUCCUGUGCAAGUGGCUGGAUAUGACAAUCGUCGGGGCAUCCAACACAUUGCACAUCUUGCGCAUUGGCAUGGGUGCGGCAACUGCAGUUUAUGUGAAGAUUGCCGUGGUUCUGCUCUUGAACAGCAUUCUGGCAUUGGGUCUAGAUUACUGUAGUAUUCAGCAUUGUAGCAACAAGAUUGUCGUUGAUUGCCAGCUGCGUGUCAUGUCGCCUGAGCGCCGCUUUAAUUUGGCGAACAGGAAAUGCCUUUGGGCUGGUCAGAGGAAUGCUGUGACUUGCCCUGUUUGCUCAGCUUCAAACCCCCAUUUGACC